AUGGAGACUAGAAGUUUCCCGUCCGCUGUUCCGUCACCACCGAACUUGAGAUCCGUCGAUGUGUUGCAGGUGGGGGCGAGCCUGUUCGCGAGCAACAUCGGGUCGGGCCACUUCGUAGGGCUCGCUGGGGCGGCGGCGGCUAAUGGCAUCGCCAUCUCGGCCUUCGAGAUCAACGCCAUGUUCGUGCUCAUCCUCCUCGGUUGGGUGUUCGUCCCGGUUUACAUGUCCAGUGGAGUGUUCACUAUGCCGGAGUAUCUGAGGAAGAGGUUCGGGAGGCAGCGCAUUCGGGUCUACCUGUCGGUGCUGGCGAUCAUCCUCUACGUCUUCACAAAGAUCUCUGCGGAUCUGUUCGCGGGAGCGAUAUUUCUUGAGGAGAGCAUGAAGUUGGACAUGUAUUCAGCAGCGAUCGCACUGCUUGUGCUGGCUGGGUUCUUCACCAUCGGUGGGGGGUUGACGGCUGUCAUCUGGAUGGAUUCUGUGCAGACCGUCAUCAUCGUCAUCGGGUGCUUCAUUCUCACCAUCAAGACCUUCAUCAGGGUCGGUGGGUACCAGACGCUGGUGGAGGACUACUUCGAUGCGUAUGCGAAUGUCUCCAUGGUCGACAAUUACACCAGGAAGAUUUGCAAUGCUCCUCCGGACUAUGCGAUGCACAUCUUCCGGGACCCGAGUCCCGGAGCGGCGGAUAUCCCCUGGACUGGUCUCAUUUUUGGAGUCACCGUGUCUGCUGUGUGGUACUGGUGCUCGGAUCUGGUGAUCGUCCAGCGGGCCCUGGCCGCGAAGGACAUGAUCCAUGCGAAGAGCGGCUGCAUCUUCGCCGCUUAUUUGAAGUUCCUGCCGCUGUUCCUGCUCGUCUUUCCUGGGAUGGCCGCUCGGGUGAUCUUCCCCGACGAAAUCGGAUGUUCGGUUCCGCGCCUGUGCGAGGAAUACUGCGGUAGCGAGAGCGGCUGCUUCAACAGAGCCUACCCGAAGCUCGUGGUGGAGGUCAUGCCGGACGGGUUGAGGGGUCUCAUGCUCUCGGUCAUACUGGCGUCGCUCAUGAACUGCCUCACGUCCACCUUCAACUCGUCGUCCACCAUCUUCAGCAUCGACAUCUACAGACGGUUUCGGAAGAACGCGACGGAUAUGGAACUCCUCGUCGCCGGAAGGUGCUUCGUGGUGGGGCUGGUGGCCUUGAGUAUCGCCUGGCUGCCCAUCAUCCAGACGUUUAAGUGGUCGGGAUUGUUUGACUACAUACAGAGCAUCACGUCCUUUCUUUCCCCGCCGAUAUGCGCGGUGAACGUGCUGGGCCUGCUGUGGGAACGCGUUAAUGAGGCCGGGGCGUUCUGGGGACUCAUGUGCGGGCUCAUCGUGGGCCUUAUCCGGUUCGCGCUCGAAUUCGGCUUUCCCCCUCCCACAUGCGGGAACCCGGACACCCGACCCGAGGUCAUCCAGCGCAUGGUGGGCGAUUUCCACUAUCUCCAUUUCGGGUUCUUCCUCUUCUUGUUCGUCUGCCUCGUAACGACCGUUAUCAGCCUGCUCACGAAGCCGAUCGACAGAUCCCACCUGCCGCGACUGACGUUCGGCACGCGGUUCAGUCGGAGGGUGAGGAUCGACCUGGACGAGUUGGAUGCGGACCCAGAAGAAGAGGAGCGGCAGAGGCAAAAGGAAAAGGAGCGGCUGAGAGAAAGAGUAACCAUAGCGACCCGCCAACACGACCCAAUCUGCACGCGCGGCUUUCCGCCUGGGUCUGGGUGCCCGUCUUCCACUAAAGCAUACACUUCCCCUUCUGCCCUGAUGGUUGACGGGUUCACAGUAGAUAAUGCAGUAGAGCUGCUGCUCCCGACUGCGUAG